CAGUUGGGGAACGAGGGCGGAGGAGAAGGGAGGGGUCACCCAGUGGGGGGAGCCAGCUGCCUAGGGCGGUGACCGCGCUCCAGAAACUCCGCGCACUGGGGCAGGACAGAUCUAAAUUGGGAGCAGCUGUGGGCAGAGGGCCUCCACGAUGAGGCCGGCUCUCGCCUUGUGUUUCCUCUGUCAGGCGUUCUGGCCCAGGCCUGGUGGUGGAGAGCACCCUACCGCCGACCGCGCGGGUUGCUCAGCCUCGGGGGCUUGCUACAGUCUGCACCACGCUACCAUCAAGCGACUGGCGGCGGAGGAGGCCUGCAACCUGCGCGGCGGGUCUCUGAGCACAGUGCAUGGUGGUGCUGAGCUGCGUGCUGUGCUCGCGCUCCUGAGGGCAGGCCCCGGGCCUGGAGGAGGCUCCAAAGACCUUCUGUUCUGGGUCGCCCUGGAGCGCGGACGUUCUCACUGCACCCUGGAGAACGAGCCAUUGCGGGGUUUCUCCUGGUUGUCCCCCGACGUCGGAGAGUCCAAAAACGACACGCUGCAGUGGGUAGAGGAGCCACAACUCUCUUGUACUGCGCGGAGGUGCGCGGGACUCCAGGCCACCGGUGGGGUGGAGCCCGCGGGCUGGAAGGAGAUGCGUUGCCACCUGCGCGCCAAUGGCUACCUGUGCAAAUACAAGUUUGAGAGUUUGUGCCCCGCGCCGCACCCCGGUGCCGCCUCUAACUUGAGCUACCGCGCUCCCUUCCAGAUGUACAGCUCCUCUUUGGACUUCAGUCCUCCUGGGACUAAGGUGAGUGCGCGCUGCCCGGGGGAGCUCUCCAUCUCAGUCACCUGCAUCGAGGAAGAGAAUGGCGCUCGUUGGGAAGGGCUGCCCCCCGGGGCGGUGCUCUGUCCCUGCCCGGGGAGGUAUCUCCGUGCUGGCAAAUGCUCGGAGCUCUCUAACUGCCUAGAUGACCAGGGAGGCUUUUCCUGUGAAUGUGCUUCAGGCUUCGAGUUGGGGAAAGACGGACGCUCUUGUGUGACCAAGUGGAAAGGACAGCCGACCCCUGGGGUAACCAAGGGGCUCCCAAGGCACCAGCUGGCCACUGAAACCAGCCCAGUGCCAAAGAGAACGUGGUCACCCCCAGUCCAUGAAAAGCCAGGAGAGAUACCCCGUGUCACUGGACAAGACAGUUUUGCAACGUCUGUUUCUGAGAUUCUUCAUUGGGGAGCACAGAGCACGAUAUCAACCCUUCAAAUGUCCCCUCAAAUCAAGUCAAAGGCCACCAUCACCCCAUCAGGAAGCAUGACCCCCAUGUUAAAUUCCACAUCGUCCUCUCCCAUUCCCCAUACUUUGGAUUCCUCCUCCACCGUGGUUUUCAUACUUGUGAGCAUAGCAGUAGUAGUAUUGGUAAUCUUGACCAUGACGGUGCUAGGGCUUUUCAAACUCUGCUUUCACAAGAACCCUCAGUCCCCAUCAAGAAAGGGGCCUUUGGCCCCGAGGGGCAUGGAACCUGAUGCUGAGACAGCUACUUUGCGUUCCAGUUCUGCACAUUGUACAGACAAUGGGGUGAAGGUUGGGAACUGUGUGCGGGACAGAGCAGAGGGCGCCUCGCUGUCGGGGUCCUCCCUUGGCUCUAGGAACACGUAGGGAAAGAGAGAACACGGACAUUCCUUGUGAGCAUCCUUUUCUCAAUUUCAAGGAAAAGGGAAAAGAAGUACUUGUGGGAUGCUGAGUCCUACAGAAAUUCCCUUCUUUUACUAAAUUUCCUCUACUCCACCAAGGAGCUAAAUCUGAACAGCAUACCCAUUCCUGGAAAGUGGAAGAGGUGGAAGUACCUUAGUGUUGUACUGGAGGGCAGGGUGGUAUGGGGGAGCAGUAUUUUCUUAUGUUCUGGAGAAUUACGAGAAGUAAUAGAACAAUUCAAGGCUCUGGAAGCAAAUAGAAAACGAUACGUUUUUAAAGUUUUAAAGUUCCACCAAAAUGGGAAGGAAAUCUGUCUAUAUUGUUCAGGCUGGAAACAUAUUGAUUUGAAAUUCCCAGGCAAAAAAUAAAAGAUUAUUAAUAACCCAGACUGAAAUAUGUUUGGCUUCCACAGGAGUAAUUAUUUAGGAAUAAUUUAGGAGCAUGCUGGGAAUAACAAACUCUGGGGCCUGCUGGGAAUAGUUACAAGGGUACCUAUUGCUUUUAAGGUUGAAGGGAAAGUUCUUAAGCCCUGUGAUAGGAACAGAUUUUUCAUAACUGGUAACUUUUCCCUUUGUUCUUUUAUCCUUUGCUUUCAAAGUCACUGCUACUUGUGUGCUCUGCUAUAAAUCCAAAGUGUAGUGUUUCCAGAGUUUCUAGUUCUGGAAGCAAAUUAUAGUUGACCACCAAUUCAAGUGUUUUCUGUGUGCCCUUGCCCAAGGAAACAAAUGAUUUGUGUUUUCCCUUUCCAAUGUUUGUGCUCUCUAGUGUAAUGACCUCCGCAACCAAAUCUCCUUAUCCUAAAUAUUAGGAUGCUGAUCCUCACUUCCAAUUAUGGUGAUGUUAAUUCUCAAUUAAAACGUUAAUGCUAAGUAUUGAUUUGAAAUCUUCUGGGUGCAUUAAAGCAAAAGUAAACUGGGUUUCUUCCAAAGUUGGUAGAUGCUUGUGCACUUUUUAAUUCAUGAAAAAACUUGACUGUCACACCAUUUCCUUUUCUUCUAAAUAAGCGUGUGCAGUCACAAUACAUGUUUAUCUUGGAAUAAUUACAAUUUAACAAGAGUCUCCCUUGACAAAGGCAUGACAAAUAGUUCUUUGCAAGAAUUAACAGAAGAAAGAAAUGAUAAAUUAAAAAAUCUAUCAUUGAGUUAUGAUUUGGGGUAUUAGUAAUCAAAAUGAAGCAUUUCUGUGACAAAAAAAUUAAGACAUAAUAAAAAUUACUAUGUAGAGGUGUCAAGGUCUCUGAUUCCUAAGUGCUAAGAGUUUAAGAGUAUAGGUAUUGGCUCAUGGAGAGAGCUAGAGAAACAAGUACAGUAAUGGGGGAAAACAAAAAUAGGAAAAAGCUUAUGUUACAUUUACUUUGAUGUACUUCGUGUAUAAUGUAUACAAAGGAGGAUGGACCUUAAAUGACCCAAAUUAGUAAAUGACCAAAAAAAAAAAAAUCUAGUAGAAAAUUGAAACAGCUCAAUGCA